UUCAUUCUCAAACCGCUGCCCUGUGUUCCAUUUACCGGCUUUGCUUGCAGAUGCUGAGCGUGUACAGAUGCCCGUGGAGCCCAUCGGGUGGCAUUUUCCAGUGGGCGCCGGGCUGUCACAGAUGUGUUGCUGCCCUUAUUUGCCGUUUCCUGGCAUCAGUUACUAUCCUGCAUUUCAAGACAAUAACAAUAUUGAAGUGAUGUGGAGAGUAUGGGAGGACCUUAGUACAACCCACACUGACACCUGUGCAGAUCCUGCUCCUGUGUUUGAGUUCAGUGUGAUGUCUUACAACAUCCUGUCUCAGGAUCUGCUGGAGAUGAACGGAGAGCUGUACACACACUGCACAGAGGACGUGUUAGUGUGGGGAAACCGCCUCCAGACCAUACUGGAGGAGCUAAAGACCUGGGAGCCUGACGUUAUUUGUCUUCAAGAAGUUCAAGAAGAUCAUUUCCUUGAGCAGAUGUUUCCUGUCCUGACUCAAAUGGGUUACACCUGCAUCUACAAACGACGCACAGGCACUAAAACUGAUGGCUGUGCAGUGUGUUACCACAGCGACCGCUUCACCCAGCUGUCUGUCAGUUUGCUUGAAUUUCACCGAUCUGACUGUGAGCUGCUCGAUCGAGACAACGUGGCAAUUGUGCUGCUGCUUCAGCCAAUCACAGAACAGGACGCAGCACUCUGCCCCAUAUGUGUGGCCAACACACACCUGCUGUUCAACCCCCGGAGAGGCGACGUGAAGCUCGCACAGCUGGCCAUCCUAUUGGCUGAAAUUGACAUGAUGAUGAAGCAGUAUAAGAGUGAAGGACGAAGCUGUGAGGUGAUUUUAUGUGGAGAUUUGAACUGUUUACCCAACACACCUCUGUGGCAGUUCAUCACCAGUGGACAGCUCUACUAUCACGGCUUACCUGCCUGGAUGGUUUCUGGUCAGAUUGAUUUGUCUAAUAAGUUCCAUCACAGAAGACUUUUCGCCCCCUUGUGGCCUGUCAGCCUCGGCAUCACUGAGAACUGUCAGUACAGGACUCAGUCUGACACACCGGUCAAAGGGUCAGGUAAACUGCAGUACAGUCAUGAUUUUCUCCGUCAGUUGCGUUACUGUCAGGCGGCGUGUGUGCGUCCUCCAGACCUGGAGUUCAUACCUGGAGUUACUGACAAUACACCAGAUGCUGAAGAAAUCCAGAUGUUCAGUCCAAAGUUCAGACAUAGUUUAUAUCACUCUCUGCAUCUGACGUCAGCGUACAGUCACAUCCACCCCGACAUUCAGAGCAGUACCGUGACGACUCUGAACUCAGAAGGGGGAGCCAUGGUCGACUACAUCUUUUACUCCACACGGACAAACUGCUGUGGUGGAUGUACAGAGUCUGAUGGCGGUUUGAAGCUGAUUGGUCGUUUGUCUUUGAUGUCUGAGUCAGAUCUCUGGUCACUGAAAGGACUUCCAAACGAAACAUUUCCCUCUGAUCACCUCAGUCUGCUGGCCCGAUUUCAGUUCUGUUGA